AUGUAUGAGAGCGAAGAUGACAAUCCUGCGUUUGUCGAAGGACAUCUCGACACUGUCUGCAAUAUCGCUAUUCAGAUACUUGAGCAAAAGGCGUUCUGCCAGCAAUAUCCUGACCAAGAUGGGGCAGAGGAGGCACCCGAGGACCAAGCGGAGUACGACUCUGUUCUGAUUUCCUCUGCUGGUUACUUGGUCGCCGCUUUGGUGAAUGCUCUUGGCACGGACAUUGCUCAAGCAUUCGAGAAGUUCUUCCUCUUGAUCGCCAAGUACUACCUCUCAGCGACAUCUGAGGCCGAAGUUCUCAGUAAUGCUGCGUUUGCCGCUGGCCUCCUUAUCGAGAGCUCCGACAUCGAUCUCUCGCAGCAACACCUGCACCUUCUUGGAGCGCUUCGGCCUCUGUUCGUUCUCGCUCCUGAUGCUCCUGCCGGCAAACUCAAUGCGCGGGAUAACGCAGCGGGGGCUAUUGGACGCACGAUCAUCCGGAACACUGCGGCCAUCCCACUCGGCCAAGUCCUGCCUGUCUUCAUCGACGCUCUCCCUCUGAAAAACGAUUACCUGGAGAACCGCCCUGUGUUUCGGCGAUGA